AUGGCAACAAUACACGAGUUUACAUUGAACACUGGAGCGAAAAUCCCUGCGAUAGGCUUUGGCACUUGNGAAAGCAGCCCCGGCGAAGCAGGUAAAGCUGUUGAAGCCGCAUUUGCAGCAGGAUAUCGACACUUCGACUGUGCGCCUCUGUAUUAUAAUGAGAAGGAAAUUGGGGAGAUAUUCAAGAAAGCACCCAUACCACGAUCCGAGUACUUCGUCACAACAAAGCUGUGGUCUUCAGAUCAUCAAAGAGUUCAAUCAGCCUUGAACAAGUCCUUGCAAGAUCUUGGUCUGGAUUAUGUCGACCUAUUGCUGAUGCAUUGGCCUGUCACAUUACCACCAGACACUGAUGCAGAGUACGGCAAGGAGGACCGGAAGAUUCAUGCGCAAGGCUGGGACUUCACCGAUACCUGGAAGGAGAUGGAGAAGCUCUUGACGACAGGCAAGAUUCGCGCCAUCGGAGUCGCCAACUUUUCGACCGUUAACCUCGAGAAACUCUUGAAGACAGCAAGUGUUACACCGGCCGUGAACCAAACCGAGCUUCAACCUUUGCUGCCCCAGAAGAAGCUUCACGAGUACUGCCAAGCCAGAGGCAUCCAUCAGACAGCGUUCGGGCCGUUAGGUGGUACUGGUAGUACACUCCAUGAAGAGCCUGCAGUUGUUGAGAUAGCGAAAGCGAGAGGUGUACCGACUGGCAACGUAAUGCUCAGUUGGGGCCUGCAGAAAGGAUGGAGUGUGAUACCCAAGAGCACUAAUCCAAGCCGAAUUGCUUCGAAUCUUCGAGAGAAUGUAGAGUUGUCCCGGCAAGAGAUGGAGAGGAUAGAUCGACUGGCAAUUGAGAAACCACAUCGAUUCAAUCGACCAGACUGGGGGUUGAAGGUAUUCCACGAUGAUCUGUAG